AUGGACAUCCGCUCGGCUGAGUCAGAUGCCCCAACUUCCCGCGGCGCGUGGGGCGCGGUCAAGCACUGGGCUGGUUGGCCGGGCAGGAAGGCGCGCGCCUACGCGGACCGCACCGCGUCCAAGAUCAGCAACUACACGGAACCCUCCCUCGCCGCCCGCACCACCACCAUGCUCACCACCUACGCGCUCGUCUCCGGCCUGCUGACGUCAUCCACCUAUCCCGCCUUCUACGCCGACCUCCCCGUCGCCGGCGAGGCCGCCGGCGGCGACGCGGGCGCGCCGCCGUCGGCGGGGGCGGACGCGUUUCGCUUCCUGAAUGGCGCGUCCUUCGCGGUGUCCCUGGGCUGCAUCCUGACCAGCACCGGCGCCAUGAUGAUUCUGAACACUAUCAGCCCCUCCUCGCGGCCGGUGAGGUUCAGGUCACCCGUGGUCUUCUACCUCUGGCUCGGCGUCACCCUGUCGUCGUCGCUGCUGGUGCUCAGCAUCCUGCUGUGCGUUGCCAACGUCGCUGUCGGCGCGUUUGUGUUCUUCUCCUCGCCCCACUUCCGAGCCGCCGCGGCCGCGUGCGGCGCGGCGGUGCUGCUCGGGCUCGGCUUCUCAAUGGUGUACUGCCCGCUCAUAACGUUUGAGGAUCUAACGGUCGCGUCUGACGACACGGUGACGUCGUGCGACCCGGACCUGCUGGCGCUCGUGGCGGCCCGACUGCUUUACCUGCUUCAAGACAAGCAGAACGAAGCCGUGGCUCGCAUCUGCAAAUAUCAAGCCCCGCCGCCGCGAUUUGCCGCGGCAAUCGGCUGCCGAGACGGCCCAGAGCACGACACGGGGUCCCGGGCCGCCCCGGCCGGCACUGCCUCAACAGCGGCGGCGGAUGCGGAGGCGGCGGCGGCGGCGGGGUCCCUGCCGCUGAACGACGUCCUUGGAUUUGAGGAUGUCAGGCGGCUGGCGGAGGGCUGCCGCUCCGACUUCCGGCAGCUGCAGCCUGUCGGGGUCAUGCCCUGUGCGUUCUACACGCCCUGGGCGCUGGCGGCCCUGCUGGAGGGGGCCGGGCUGCUGUCCCCUGACCCCAGCUGGCGCGUCUGCGACUGCGCUGCGGCGUGCGCAGAGAUACUGGCGAAGGCGGGCUUUGGCGGCAGCAAUGGGGACGCGGGCGCGGGCGCGGGCGAGGACGUGGCUUGGUGGCGGGCGCGGAGGCCGGGCAUGGCAGUUGGCCGCAGCUUGCCGUUGUCGCAUGCAAGCCACAAGUAG